GCAUGGGAUUUGUUUGGCAACAGCAGGUGGGGGCGAGGGGUUAGCAGGCGGACCGACUGUGCACAAGUAUCAGAGGGGUAGCCGUGUUAGUCUGAAUCUGUAAAAAGCAACAGAGGGUCCUGUGGCACCUUUAAGACUAACCGAAGUAUUGGAGCAUAAGCUUUUGUGGGUGAAUGCCCACUUCGUCAGACGCAAGUGCACAGGAGUUUCCGAUGCCCGUGAAUUUCCACGGGUGGCAGCUGCUCGCUGUCAACAUGAGUGGUCCAGUUAAAUUUGCAAAUAAGAGGGAUGUCUGAGCUGUUUCCACCCGAGGACAGUUAACAGGUGAUGUGUCUCGAGGCAACACCCAGGCGCUGUCCAGGAGUAUGGUUUAAAGAGGUUUGGAAAGGCCUUUUAAAGCAAUGGCGCUGAUGAAGAGUGGCUGGCUUUGGAGACAAAGUUCCAUUCUGCGACGCUGGAAAAGGAACUGGUUUGUCCUGUGGCUAGACGGUGGCCUUGUAUAUUACCAGGAUGAGACUCAGCGUGACCUGGAGGGCAGGAUCCACAUCAAAUUCAACUGCCGGGACAUAAAGACUGGCCGCGAAUGCAGAGACGUGCAGCCCCCGGAAGGGAAAAGCCGAGAUUGCCUGAUGACGAUUGUGCUGCGAGACGGCUCCAAAGUGACCCUGUGUGCGGAGAGUGAGGACGACGCGGUCGCCUGGAAGAUGGCAGUGCUGGAGGCGAAAAACACCCCGGUCCAUAUGUACGACCCAUAUGACGACUAUUACCAGACAGUGCCCUUGGAUUCCCACCAGACCAUGUACGUCAGCUCGGGAUACUACGGCACCCAGUACGGAGCGCCUGGAGUGACUCACGUGAUUGUCCGCGAGGACCCCUACCGCGUGUCGGGAGACCAAAUGGCUUUGGGCCUGCUGGCUGGCGCCGCCACCGGGGCCGCCCUGGGAUCCUUCAUGUGGAUGCCGUGCUGGUUCUAAGAACUCGCUCGCGUGCGGGACGCCUCUGGACCAAGCGCUUGACCAAGAAGUUUGGGUUCCCUCCAGGCGGCCUGCGGGGCGAUGCCAUAUAACGUAGAUCGUUGUAAGGUUCCCCUCCCAUCCCCGAUGAGUCCGCACUUUGCUUGGCAUGCCUGACUAGGUGCAUUGGUGGCAUAAAUUUUCCUUUGCCUCCUAACCCAGCAGUCAUUUAAUUUUCUCAUCACUAAACACAAUCCAGACGCCCCUGGCCCACCUUGACCAAGGCACUGUGCUGCCCACCCAGACCUCAACCAGGGCCAAGCAGAGACCGCCGGUACCUCCCAGCGUCAUCUCCUGCUCUGAAAUGACAGCUUCUGCUUCUGGCCCUCCUUCUCUGAAGAGAGGGACAGAGGAGGUGAGCACGGAGACAGAUCCUCAGCUGCUAUAGGGUGAUUUAACGCCACUGAUGUCAGUGGGUUGAUGCCAGCUUACUCCAGCUGAGAAUCUUGUCUCCAUUGGCCCCCGGGUUUCAGAUCCCUGUAGCAUACAGGCCAGUGCUUUGUAAGUUGCAGGUGUUUCAUACAUUGCAUUUAAAAGAAAUACUACUUGGACUUAAAUAGGAAGUAAAAGGAAACAGCCCCUUUCCUAUGUAGCAGCCCCCCUCGGGUGUGUAACAUAUAUAGAACAUGUGACUGACUAGCUGUGUAAAGGAAACACAUAUGUCAUCCCACUGUGGGGGGAGGAGGGCAGGGUAUUUUAGUUUAGACAUGAUUCUGUAUGGUCCAGUGCACAGUGAAGUGUAAUAAGCAAAGUCGACAGCGUAGUUCAUGCCACCUGUAAAAUAUCUUGGCCAUGAGCCACGCGAUUCCUUCCGUGUGUCAUAUUUACACCAGCGCAUGUUGACACCCAGCGUCUGUUACACUCCACUCACAUAUUAAAAAGCUAUGACUUACUCGCUAAAUGUGUAACGCCCUCUGUCCUUCCCCCACGGCGCUUUGUGCUGGGGUUGGCCUGGUGGUUAGUGCCCAGCCCCUGCUGCCCCCCAGGGCCUAUCCCUCAGCCCCAGCUCUUGCUCUCUGAGCUGCCGGGCUGAAAAUGCCACCCCCAGCAGGUAGGACAAGGGAGGUCUUUGUGGCAAAGACUGCGGUGGCCCCAAGUGCUAGGUCUUGAAGGGGACCAUAGCCACGCAGGGUGAUUCGGGAGGAGUGUGAAAUGCAGCCCUUUUACAGGCUCCCGGCCAAGGCUCAGGCCAUUCCAGGGCCCCUUACUCCCCCUUCGAGGCAGCAGGACGGUGAGUUAGUAAGACUUUGCAGGCGCAAGCCAUGCCCCUCCCGUUAGCCCAGUUCCGGCCACUUCCGGAUGGUUUCUGCUUUUCACGACAGCCUGCAUGGGUAGUGCCUGACUAUACAGCCAAUUCCACACUUCGCUGCUUGAGUCCCCAGACUGACCCUCUGCUAGGAGCACAGCCCCUGGUUUGACCCCAGUGCGCGAAAAGGAAAAGCAUCUGCAGAACAUAGUGGCCCAGACUUGGAUGAAUGGUAGACAGAAAUUAUGCCUAUUUUAUGCCAUGUGUGGUGGUGGACGGCAGAAUACCCCUUCUCUGCCCACCCUUGGGAGUGGGUACACGCAAGGGUGGAGGGCAAUAUGCCCAAUCUGUGCCCAGUGGCAGAACUUGGUGCAUGCAAGAGUGGAGGGUAGUAUGCCCAUUCUGCAUCCACUGGCAGGACUGGGUAUGCACAAGGGCGAAAGGCAGUAUGCCCAUUCUGUGCCCACCUGUAUUUCAAGAGGCAGGCAUACACCAUGCCAGUUGCUGAGAGAAAACAGGCUGUAGCUUCCCAUCUCUCCUACUAGAUCUGUGGGCGGCAAGAGGCAGUUUUUACACCCCUCAGGGUUUCUAGGAACCCCGUGCAAUCCAGUAGCGGGCAUUAACCCUAGCCGUUUCCGGGAUACCGUCUGGUACUGUGCUGUAACCCACGUCGUUCACUUAUGCUGGCGUGUCCAGAAUCACGCGGGGUGGGCUCCGUGAAGCAGUCUGUCAUGCCGCUGUACAUCUGAAGCGCUGCAAAAUGAAGCACGACCCUCUAGUAACAUUGACUCCUGUAAACGCACCUCGCCCCUGUGUGGUCAGUGGCUUCAGCAGUGCUGCGGUGUCUGGCCUGUGUGGCAUUGCUCCCAGAGGGGGAGUUGUGUUAUGAGUGUGGGGCUAGACCCCCAGUGGGCUUCUAUUUUAAAGAGCCCCUCUAAGGAUAUCAGAGAUAAUAGUGGAGACACACCACGGGCCAGAUUCUGACCUUGUUUGCCCCAUUGUCAGAAAGCAGCAGCUCCAUUGACUUCAAAGGAGUGAUCUGGGUUUACCCUACGAAAGCUAGAGCAUAACAUGACCUUAUCUCGGGCAGUGGAGAAAGGUGCCGGCCAGUAGCUCAGCACUCUUAGCAUUCAGCUGCUGUGUGGGCUUUUCCCCAAGGAUGAUUGACAGAAUUGUGUACAAGUCAGUAACGAUCUCCUUAUGUGCAUUAGGUAAGGGGGCAUCCACAGACAGGGUUAGGGGGAUGAGCAAAACAGCCUUAGCCACUCUGGGUCCAUUUCAGAGCCUGCAAGGUAUUUACUGUGCUGUUAAAGGGACACAGAAAACAUAAGACACGUACUUAAAGACAGACCUUGUGUCUGUUACUAAUAGCUUAGACAGGGCCAGCUCCAGGCACCAGCCGAGCAAGCUGGUGCUUGGGGCGGCAGAUUGAACGGGCCGGCAUUCCGCCCAAUCC